UCAGCAGGAGUAGGUUGUCGACAAAUAUGGCGCCGGUGUAGACACUGGUGUAAAGUCAAAAUGAACAAAACAAUGCUAUUAUAAUAAAAUCAGCGUUGUAUCGCUCACUUAAAACUAAUUUAAAACGACAUUUAUAUCCGCUGGUGUACAAUGGCGGGCGUAAUGGAAACAGAAGAGCAGGCGAGGAAUCGUUUCCAGUCGGAACUGGAGUUUGUUCAGUGUCUGGCAAACCCGAAUUAUCUGAACUUUUUGGCUCAGAGAGGCUACCUACGAGAAAAACCUUUUGUGAAUUACCUGAAGUAUUUGCUUUAUUGGAAAGAACCGGAAUACGCCAAAUUCCUUAAAUAUCCUCACUGCCUGCACAUGUUGGAGCUGUUGCAGUACGAGCAUUUCCGGAAGGAGCUGGUGAACGCCCAGUGUGCCAAAUUCAUAGACGAGCAGCAGAUCCUGCACUGGCAGCACUACUCACGCAAGCGCACACGCCUUCAGCAGGCUCUCGCCGAGCAGCAACAGCAGCAGCAGCAGCAGGCGGCUCCACACGGCAACGCCGCCUCCAAGUGAAGCUGCCACACACCGGCGACGAGGCGGACUGUUAAACCAGUGGUAGGCCUCAAGUCAGGUUAUCAGGAAAUGAGUGUAAAUAUUGGACAGUUUUCUGUUUUCUAUAUGGUGACACUGAACGUCCCAGUGAUGUCACAAUGACAAUAAAAAGGUGAACGUUUCUGAAUUACAUGCUGAGUUUUGAUUCAGCUCAACAUUACACCAAUGUGUUCAUGCAUAUCUCUGAAAUGCCAGUAGGUCAAGUGAAUUAUGAUUAAAUAUCUUAUCAACAAAACCUAGUGAUUUUUUUUCUCUCUCUAAACUUUAGAUCUAUUCAAAUAUUGUCCCACUAUAUAUGUCUCACUAGGUGGAAAAUAUACCCAGCAUUGUACCUGAGCAUCAUCAUGUCAAAUGACUAGCUGGCUUUAUUUUCAGCUCUGCUUUUCUAAUUCAUUGAACAAAAUAAAGACUUUUCUAUGACA